AGAAAGUUCGAAAACCCUAUGUCAUCAUAGUAGUCUCUAUGCCAAAUGUGGUUUCGCUGUUUGGUAGUCCAAGAUGGCGGAACUGUUCGACAAGUACGUGUGCACAAACUGCCAAGAAGAUAUACAGGGAAUUCGUGUCCACUGUGCAGAAUGUACGGAUUUUGAGUUGUGUCUGCAGUGUUUUGCGGCUGGUGUUGAGAUCGGAGCUCAUCGGAAUGAUCACAAUUAUCAGUUCAUGGACACGGGCAUUCUGUCCAUCUUCCGGGGCAAGGGAGGGUGGUCCGCGAGAGAAGAAUUGCACCUCCUGAAUGCCAUUGAGCAAUUUGGGUUUGGGAAUUGGGAGGAUAUUAGCAAACACAUUGAGACUCGUAGUCCAGAGGAGGCCAAGGAGGAAUAUGUCAAUCAUUUCCUUUUGGGAACAAUUGGACGACAUACGUGGCAACCAACGGUUGAAACCAUGAGGCCCCAUCUAACAGAUCACACUGUGUACGAGGACAAUGGGCCACUCAGUCAGUUGAUCACCCAGCGUCUGCCGCCAAUUGAUGUAUUGCCCGAUGAAGCUACCCAGUUGUGUUAUAUGCCCAACCGGGAUGACUUCGAGCGGGAAUACGAUACGGCGGCCGAACAGCUGGUGUCCUCCUUGUCUCUCAGUGUGGACGACGAAGAGACUGAUAUUGUGCUGAAAUUGGCCCAGGUGGACAUUUACACCAGACGCCUCCGGGAACGGGCUCGGAGGAAGCGUCUGGUGCGUGACUACCAGCUCGUGGCAAAUUUCUUCCGGGGCACCCUCCGGAGAACACGAUACUCGCGCGAACAGAGGGAGAUGCGCGAUCGUUUUCGGGUAUUUGCUCAAUUUUACACAGCUCAUGAAUUUGAGCGACUUCUGAGUUCUCUGGAUCGGGAAAAGGCCCUUAGGAUUCGCCUCAGUGAACUCCAUAGAUACCGCUGGAAUGGACUUACCAGCAUGGAUGAGUGUGUGCAUUUUGAACAACAUGCAGCUGUAGCGCCCCACAGAAACACCGGCCCGUAUGGACAUGGACGCACGUUGGCGUGCAUUAUUGGACCAAAUGGUCAGAGAAUUCCCGGAUGUAUAAGACAAUGUCUUACAGGACAACCGGCAAACUUCCGAGCGUCAACAGGCAUUGUCGUCGCACUUGCAGCAAAUAAGAAAAGGAGAAAGCGCCGCACCCGUAAAUUCAAGUUCCACCGUCCAAAAGUCCAUGCACCACACCGUCGACCAGGUCUCCUCCGAAGGCUCAUCGCUCAACAGAAACUCCUUGGAUAGCUGUCGGGGAGCGGCGGGGCCCGCCAGCGGCAACCGUCAGAGUCAGCAAUCGGUGGUGACGACAGCGACGACGACAACGGAGCCACUGAGCUCACAACCGGGCGGCAAUCUCCUGUCGACGAAUGAACUCAAACUCUGCGCAACACUCAAUCUCCCGCCCACCCGUUAUAUAACACUCAAGACUGUGCUACUGAGUGGGGCGCGAAGCGCCAUUGACACAAAAAUCUCUCCGCUCGAAAAUUGCGUCCGGGAAUAUCUUAUGAAGGCCGGAUGGCUUUCGAAUGGGGGCCAGUGAUGGGCAUAUCUCACUGUGUACAUUGCUUUUUUUCCAAUACACUAUUUUUAUAUGUGUAUGCUGAAUUAUUAAGAGGAUUCCGGGACUUUGUGAGAGAUAAGAACUGUAUUUUAUUGAUGUAUCGACUGCAAAUUUAGAUAGUUUCCGUGCUGCAUUACAACACAAUGAAAUAUAACCGAAUUCAUCUUAGAAAUAAAGACACAAAUAAAGUGAUUCAUUGACAUAAGGAUUAAGAUAAAA